ACUACAAAACUAAAAACGUAAAGAGUAAAAACAAAAUAAAAAAUAUUUGACAGUAAAAAAAUAUUAUUGUAUAAAAAAUUCUGAAGCGCUUUAAAGAAUAAAAAAGUUAUAGUUAAGAAAUUAUUUUCAUUUUACCUUACCUUGUGGCGCACACUAUUAACGUGCUACCGUGUAAUGGCGUAUCAUUUUAGUGCUAAUCAGUUCGAGAAGGCUUACAGCGCCAAACGUCUAUGCAAUUGGGAGUUACCGAAGUGGUAUCCACCAAAACCGCGCUCCCACAAGAAGCCGACGAUAAUAAUUGCUGGCAAUAACGGGCAUUUACUGUGCAGUGCCGAACGCACCGAUAAAAAUCCCUGGGGCUACUUUCGCAGCACUUACGAGCUACCACGUAAAAUCACUCGUAAAUUUGCCGACGAAUACAACGAGUGUCUGAUUAGAAAACAUAAAUGGCGAAAUUUUCCGCGUAAAAAAACGGUUUGUGGAAAAAAAGAUGAACCACCGAAAUGUGAAGAUAAAUGCGAAACCGUCAGACGUCUAUUCAGUCCAGGUGAGCAAGGCAUUGGAAAGUGCGCUAAGGGUCAAGAGAAAAAACUACCGAAAAACCUCUUGACUUGCCUUUCUUUUUUAUAUAAGCGUUGCGAUUUAGAGUACGUGCCUGGUGAUUUUACGCCCUACGAACAACAACACCCCACGCGUGACCAAUUGCUGCGGCAAAAGUACGAACGCGACCAUAAUAUAGAACCCGAACUGCCAUUGGAUAAGCUCAAACUUGGAGAUCACCUUUGUAAUUCGGUGAAGCCGGACGUUACGCUUACGCGUCCACUGAUACUACAGUUGACGCGUGUAUCUUCACCAACCGCGAACGCUGCAAAUACUUCUGAGCUGGAACUCAUUGUGCCGACUGUAUCGAAAAUUGACCUAAUGCCACAAGUGCAGACGGAAACGUCGUUAUUGCCGCAAACAGCUGGUUUGACGGAUUCCGUUGGACCAAGUUUGGAAUAUUUUAAAAAGAAAUUCGGUUAUCAAAGUCCGGAUUCAACAGCGCUACAAGAACUUGAGCAAAAAAUGCCACUCAAAUCAAUUACAGCGAAACCCAACGAGCGUUCCCCAUCGCCCAUCAUACCGCCCUAUGCUAACUUCGAACUAGCUAAACGCAUGCAUCAUGACAAUUUGGACCAUCAACCGCUGCCAGAUUGUGUGGUGGACAUGGCGUUUCGCAAGCGCCAAAUCACGGGUGAGCAUCCCGGCUUAGCGCUCGAUAUUGCGCCAUUCGCCACAGGUGUAGGCAUCAGAACGCAUAAUGCUGGUCCCACACAUUGUACGAAAAUGAAAGUUUUUCGACCACGCACCUGCGGCGUUGUACCCAAAGCUUAUGCUGGUGAUUUAACGCGCGCGAUUUCCUCGGCGCAACCGGAUAAACCAAUGACAGCUAUGGAUUUGGCCAUCGGUUGGGACUAUAGACCCGGCAAUCCGGCGGACGAACCACGACCACCGCCACAUAUCGACGGUUCGGCUGAUACCGCCGGCCCCGCUGUGUUCAAUUAUGUAAAAACACCACGCGAUGAGCCGACCACAGAUCUUGGACGCUCGGCGGGUGUAUUCAACAGUACGCUCGGCGAAACGGGCUUUUUCGAUAAGGACAUCAUGCGUCGCAAAUCGGACUUUGGCGGUCGUGCGUUGAUUGAACGCGAGACGGACUGUCCCUGUAGCACGGAUGAUUGUUUGGUGCGCGCGGCACCACCACGUGCGCGCAGCGUAACGCGCGAUUGUGCAAUGCCUGCAAAUCGUCUAAGCAAGCAAUAUCAAUCGUCACCUAACAUCAUAGCCGAGGAGGGAUACCGUGCAUUGCGCCAGAAAUAUCUCGGCGGCAGCGGCGGUAGUAUGGCAGCUUCCUGUGAAGCGCUCGCACCCGAGCGCGGCUGUAGACGUUCAAAACAAAAUAUGGGUGCGCCGGGCUUUCUGAGCCGUGCGCGCUCACGUCUAUGCCAUAAAGUAGCACCCGAGCCACCGCGUUGUUACCACGCAGCACCGCCGCCGCGUUCCAACUGUAAAGCGCCAUUUCGCGUUGGUGUACCCAAAUACAGUGCGGCCGGUCAUUUUAUUAGUACGGACAGCGGCUGCAGUAUGGCAUCGCACAAUGCCAGUCGUGUGCUGGUAGUGCCGCGUCAACGUGAUCCUUACGCCAAACGGAAUUAUGAUAUUGAUACUUUGGUGCCACCAUUUCGUUGCUUUGGUGGCGGUGCUGGCGAGGGCGGCUAUCCAGAGCAUUGGCGUUUGGCCAGUGUAUAUCAACAUGCCUAUAAACCGCUCGAGCAACGACGUCGGCCACUACUGCAGACAGUUUAUAAGUAAUCCAUGACUUAGUCA